AUGGCCCAACUACCUCGCUGCAUACCGGAGGGCCCGGAGAAAGCUUCAUCCAAUUCAGAGACGAGCAGCACCGAGCAGCAAUUGGAGAAAGGAACAGCCCAUCGAAUCCAUUCAGCCGUUCCCCCAGAGAGCAUCGAUGACUCUGCCGUUACGAAAUAUCCCGAAGGAGGCUGGAGCGCCUGGGGAGUGGUACUAGGGAGCUGGAUGGCCCUGUUUGGGUCUAUGUCUUUUAUGAACAGCAUAGGAACAUUCCAGACAUACCUCCUGCGAAACCAGCUCAGCAACUACAGUCCCGAAGCCGUGGGCUGGAUCUUUGGCGUUUACAAUGGUUUGACAUUUCUUCUCGGUAUCCAGGCGGGACCCAUCUUCGAUGCGAGGGGUCCCCGUGAACUGAUAUGCUGCGGAGGAAUUUUGACAAUUCUCUACCUAAUGCUGCUAGGCACAUGUACAGAGUACUGGCAUUUCAUGCUCGUGUAUGGUGUCUUAGGCGGCAUCAGUCUCUCACUCAUCUUUGGUCCGGCUAUUGCCAUCGUCGCCCACUAUUUCAGCGCUAGGCGUGGAUUUGCGACCGGAAUUGCAUCCUCUGGGGGCGCUGUCGGUGGUGUUGUCUUUCCCUUGAUGCUCCAGAGGCUAUUUGAUACGGUUGGGUUUGCUUGGGCAACCCGGAUCGCGGGCUUUGUGUGUAUUGUCACUUUUGUCCUUGCGGCUAUCCUCAUUCGCCCUCGCUUCCCCCAAAGCCAUUGA